GUAUCUAACCUUUGACCCUUUUGCUCACCGGUUGAGCCGUGCUUGUCGAGUUGUGGCGGAAUUUUUGUUUCUCCAAGCUGUACUUUUCCGUUUCCAGACCCAUCCCGCAAAUUCUGAGCUCGUCUUAAGAUUUCUGUUGAACACAACAUCAUCUUGAGUGACUUUCCACGAUGUCUGCACCGAAGAAAAUAGCGAUUAUCGGCUCUGGAAACUGGGGUUCCGCCAUCGGGAAGAUUAUCGGCAAGAAUGCGGCCAACCUGGACCAGUUUGAGACGCAGGUGAACAUGUGGGUGUUUGAGGAGAUGGUCGACGGCAGGAAACUGACAGAAAUCAUCAACACAGACCACGAGAACGUCAAGUACCUGCCUGGACACAAACUUCCCGAGAAUAUCGUUGCUAUCCCUGACGUGGUGGAGGCGUGCAUGUCCGCAGACAUCCAUGUGUGGGUGCUGCCUCACCAGUUUGUCAGGGGAGUGUGUCAAAAACUCAAGGGGAACAUCAAACCUGAUGCCGUCGCACUGUCUCUCAUCAAGGGACUGGAUGAGAGUCAAGCUGGCGUGGAUCUCAUCUCCAAUGUGAUCAACCAGGAGCUGGGAGUGGAGGUCAACGUCCUGAUGGGAGCAAACCUGGCUAAGGAGGUCGCAAACGGCCACUUCUGUGAGACCACAAUAGGCUGUAGGAAUGAGGCUUGUGGCCAGAUGUUGAAGGAGAUGGUCCAGGCAGAUUAUUUCAGGGUGGUGGUCGUUGAGGACGCUACCACUGUGGAGAUCUGUGGGGCCCUCAAGAACAUUGUGGCAACAGGAGCAGGUUUUGUGGAUGGGCUGGGCAUGGGAGACAACACCAAGGCAGCGGUCAUCCGCCUGGGACUCAUGGAGAUGGUCAAGUUCACAGAAACCUUCUACCAGGGCUCUCAGACGUCCACGUUCCUGGAGAGUUGCGGGAUCGCUGAUCUGGUAACGACGUGCUACGGUGGGAGGAACCGCAGGGUGGCAGAAGCCUUCGUUACAAGUGGAAAGACAAUAGAUGAGCUGGAGCAGGAGAUGCUGAAUGGACAGAAGAUUCAGGGACCCCCCACCGCUAAGGAGGUCUACCAUCUUCUUAAGGACAAGAAAUGCGAAGAUCAGUUUCCUCUGUUUGUGGCUAUUUACAAGAUCUGCUAUGAAGGGAUGCCCGUCAAAGACUUCAUCGGCUGCCUGAAAAAUCACCCAGAACACAUGUAAACAGGCAACAAAUACUGCACACAGCGGACGAUGUGCCAACAGUUUGUAGUGAGCUUACAGGAUGUUUUUAGCACAACAACAAACAAUGAGCAAGUAAACAACAAAGUUUGUUCAGAACAACAGACAUCAGAAUUGAAUAAUUGAUACACAUUUUUACCAACUGCAGAGCUGUCCAUUGUUUAAAUGUAUUUAAAGAACUACGCAUGAAAUUCUGAGUUGCAUAAAAGAUUUCACAACCUUAAGUUCAAAUGUGUUGUUUUACCCAAUGCGUGUAGAAUGAACGUAUACUAUGAAGGGAACAUUAGUUUUAGGACCCUGGUGUUACAUAUCAUUUUACAGUGGUGUGAGAUCUAUUCAUGACAUGUUGUUGUACAUGUGGCUACGAGCAACAAGUUUUGGAGGUAUACGUCUUGUGGUUACGCAAACCAGCACCUCUGUAUAGACAAGUGCUAACCUGAUUUUAGAUGAGGGAACACAUUUUUAAUUAGUAUUAUAGUUUACCUUGUUGAUUUCAUUACUUGAGCUUCCUGAAUUAAAUACAGUUUCCAUUUCUGACACAGUCAAACUUUCCUUUGUGAUUGUCAUGAUGUUUACAAAGUUUUGUUUCUUAACUCAUGUAUUAUAUGUGGAAAGUUCAAGUCUGCUAUGCUAAUGAACUAUCACCAAGGCUUGUAUGAAACAUAUGAACUCGGGAACCAAAUUGUUUUGUGGGUGUCUCGGUACUAUUUUCACUUUAUAUUUUGAUAAUCUUCAGUCAAGAAGGGGCAAAUUGCUUAGACAUGUAAACUUAACAGCGCAUCACAAACUUAAGAUGAUAAAGUUGCCAUAGUUUGAAUAUUUGAAUUGAGCCUUUGUGUAGUGUGCCAUUAGAAUGAAAUAGAUUGGCUGAUGUAUAGUAGUGCAACGUGAAAUGGUGUGGUUUGCAGUCUGGUGCAAAAGGCAAAUUGCGCAGUACUGUUCUUUUCAAGCAAGCUAUUUUAUUACAAACCAGUU